GAAACUGAAGAUGCCCCCUGGUGACGACCCCACGUUGGUACCUUUCAUGAACAACACCGUUUUAAGUGGCGAAGAAGACUCUCAAUGUCUCCAUUUUGAUUACAACUAUGAUAUCACAACAGCUGUGGUUUGUGGGAUGUACUUAGUAUUUGGUGUGGUUUACACGCUCUAUGGCUACCGCUGUUUCAAGGCAGUCAUGUUCCUCACGGGGUUCAUCUUUGGUUCGGUGGUGGUAUACCUCAUCUGUCUGAUAGAAGACUUACUUCCAACAGCUGGAAACUCGGGUGUUGCUCUAGGAGCAGGUCUGCUUUUUGGACUUAUUACAAUGUUGGUGCAAUAUGUAGGGCUCUUUAUGACCGGUUUUCACAUGGGACUGUUUGUUGGGGUUGCUGCAAUCACAAUAGCUUACCUAUGGUAUUCACCCACUACAGUGUGGAUUACGGUGGGAAUUCUGAUUGGUUGUGGACUGCUAGGUGCUGUUACCACACUCUUCUUCCAGAAAGGUUGUACAAUAUUAGGGACCAGUAUCUACGGGGGUGCCAUAAUAGCAGCUAGUGCGGAUUAUUUUAUAGAAAAGUUCAUCAUACUGCACUGGGUGUGGGAUCGAGUGCGGGUGGUCCCAUCUCUGUCUCCAUGCUGGUUCUCCUGGUUGAUCCUUGGGAUCUGGCCUCUAAUGGUGCUUGUUGGGUCUUUAACCCAAUGGAUGGUUACUGGUCGAGGAAUACACCAUGACGAAAUGCAACCCAGUAGGAAGACACACCAGUUGAAUCUUCAGCGAAUCAGACGAGAAGAAUCUCGAGCAGAACAAAGGCAGAGAAAAUAUCGUUAUUUGUAUCAAGUGAGGACAGCACAUGGAGAUGUAAUAUGUCAGAGCUACAUUCAGAGUCUCCAGACUAAAGUCUGCCCGCCUGAUGAUAGUCUGACCACGAUCCAUUCAGAUUUGACUCGUCUGACAACACUGAACCCAUCGUCCAGCAACACAACCACUUUGAGUCAAGCUGCCUGAUGGACUUUCUAUUUGUUGUUAAAGAGGAAAAAAAAUGUAUAAACAUAUCUUCAGGUGUAGUGAAGACAGUCACUUAUUUCUUGAGAGAGGAUAACACUGAAUCCCAUGGCUGAUAAGAAACUUUUAUUUAAAACAAUGAAUUCUAGGCUGUUGGUCAGUGGCUACAUACAGAUAACAAUGUGGUGAUUAUUUGGUAUUCUUCAUCGUAGAACAUUCAUAACAUAUUGGUAGUUCGAUAACAAAAAUAAGAUUCUGAAUGAUUAUUGAUUAUUUUCAAACUUUCGUUUUCCCUUUUAUCAAAAGGUCAGUAUUACUUCAUACAAUCUAAAGUUUAGAACUUUUGGUUUAAGACAUUUGGUUUCUUUUUUUUAUUUGUUACGUCUAAGCAUAUUUAAUGUAUACGUGUAUAUUUUAUUCCUUCCAAAUGUUUCUUUGCUCAGUGGUAGUCGUUAAUAGCAUCUCCCUGCCACUUUAAAAGUGUGAUAUUGAAUGUUUUAUUAGUAUAAUAGUUUAUAAGUGAAAUGAAAAGAUUUAAAAUAUGUUUUCAGAAAAUCUGUCGAGUACAUAUCUCAUUGUUUUUAAGUGUUAAUUAUUAAACUGAACAAAAUAUAAGUGAUUUUAAUGUAAUGAAUAUGUAGAUCACUCAGAUAUGUAAAAAUUGGAUAUAUAAACUGUGUUAAAUAUACGUAUGGGAAUUCCUUAAAGCAUUGAGACAACUUAAGUAACUGACUUAAAUAAUUUUUUUUAUUUUCAAGACUUCAAUGACAAGGGGACGGCAUGGCC